AUGUCGGCGACAUCUCUUCACCAGUUUGUCAGUCCCUUCUCUCCUUUUUCUUCGGAUGCUCAGUCGUCGGGAAUGACCCAGUCUCCGACGGUCCGGCUGGAUACGCUUGCAGAGGGCUCCCAGUAUGCGCUGGAGCAACUGCAGCUGUCGCGAGAAGCUGAAGGCGCUAACGCAGACGGCGGUGCCCCCCUGAGUUCUAAAUCGAACAACCAACCGCUUUAUGGUAGUGAUGAAAACAAGCCCAGCAACAACAAUACUAUCUCGGGAUUUAAGAGUUUGACGCAUCGGGAUCCGCUCGCAGAGUCGCGCUCUGCGAUUCGAAAGAACUCUACCUCAACUCCCAUUCGAAGGCGAAUUAGUCGAGCGUGUGACCAAUGCAACCAACUGCGGACGAAGUGUGACGGGCAGAGCCCGUGUGCACAUUGCAUUGAAUUUGGGUUUACUUGUGAAUAUGCUCGAGAACGAAAGAAACGUGGGAAGGCGUCUAAGAAGGACCUUGCUGCGGCAGCGGCAGCGGCAGCGGCAGGUACUGGUGGUGGUACAGCAUCGCUGCCGAACCGUCCUGCGGGCCAGGAUGGUGCUUCGUUGGCCAAAGGACAAACUCCUCCAGAUGCCCGGUCGUCGCAGGAGGGAGGUGGAGGGUACCACGCGGUUUUAGAUGCCACCCGCAGCCUUACCACUCCUACGCAAUCACAGUUACAGUACCCCUCAAAUGUCCCGGGCAUGGUUGGCAUACAGAAUCGGCAGCAAGCGUCACACUCGCAACCGCCCUUUGGUGCUCCCAUGGACUCAUUGCAACUGAACCACUUUAGCUCCUUAAAUGGGUCGAGUCAGUCAUCGCUAUCGAUUCCUGAUCUUCGGUCAUUGCAAAUACUGCAUCAGUCUGGCGCCCCUCGUUCCCCGUCUUCCGGCCUUCCCUCCCACGGGCUGAAUUCCGGCUAUAAUGAUAGCACAUACCACCUGAUGAACCCACAGGAUUCGAAUAAUGCCUCAAUCAACCACUUUCGACUUAGUAGUUCGGCAGAGAACUCAUCAGCACAAUUUUUAGGUCUGUCGCCUCCUGCACAGUCACCGAGCUGGCUACCCUUGCCGUCACCAUCUCCUGCAAACUUUCAUGCCUUCAAUAUACCUCCGUUCAGUAGCACGAUGCGGUAUCCGGUACUGCAACCAGUCCUACCACAUAUCGCGUCCAUUAUUCCUCAGUCAUUGGCAUGUGAUCUCCUCGACGUCUAUUUCACCAGCCUUUCGCCCUCUCACGUGUCCCCCCAGUCUCCCUACGUAGUAGGCUAUAUCUUCCGAAAACAAUCUUUUCUCCAUCCCACCAAGCCAAGGGCCUGCAGUCCCGGCCUCUUGGCGAGUAUGCUCUGGGUCGCGGCCCAGACCAGCGACGCGGCCUUCUUGACGUCUUCGCCCUCCGCUCGGGGAAGGAUCUGUCAGAAGCUCCUGGAACUGACUAUUGGGUUACUUCGACCUUUGAUCCAUGGCCCUGCCUUGGGGGAGACAUCACCCAACUAUGCUGCCGACAUGGUCAUCAACGGUGUGGCUCUGGGUGGAUUCGGUGUCUCAAUGGACCAACUACGUGCGCAAAGCAACGCCACGGGAGCUGUGGAUGAUGUUGCGACCUAUGUUCAUUUGGCGACCGUGGUCUCUGCCAGUGAAUACAAAGCUGCGAGCAUGCGUUGGUGGACUGCAGCAUGGACCCUCGCGCGGGAGUUGCGGCUGGGUCGCGAACUACCGCCCAAUGCUGCUCAACCCCAGCCGGAUGGGGAGCGUGAGGGUGAGUCGGAAGCCGAUUUGUCGAAGCGCAACCAAGCUCUGAUUACUUCAGUAGGAAAUGGCCCCGGAGGUGCAACUCUAAGUGCCACCGAGGAGGAACGAGAGGAGCGUCGGCGGCUUUGGUGGCUGCUGUAUGCGACAGAUCGCCACCUGGCGCUCUGCUACAACCGGCCCCUGACGUUACGGGACAGAGAGUGUGAAGGCCUGUUGCAGCCGAUGAACGAUGAUUUGUGGCAGUCAAAUAACUUCGCGGCGGCUGGUUACCGCCAUGUAGGCCCACCAAUGGAAUGCACAGGGCACAGCAUGUUCGAAUAUUUCCUGCCACUGAUGACUAUCCUUGGGGAAAUUGUCGACCUGAAGCAUGCGAGGGAUCACCCUCGAUUUGGUCCUGGUUUUCGCAAUAGCCCGGAAUGGGACCACCGGGUGCUGGAGAUCACACGGCAGCUGGAUACAUAUGGGCAAAGCUUGAAGGAGUUCGAAGCCCGCCAUACCAGCAGUCUGGCUCUCGGAACUGAGAACGAACCCACCGUGGGAGGGACACACCUGGACCACAUGAGCCCCUCGGUCCGGUCGAGUAGCACGGCUGGCUCGCAGGUGAACGAAUCGAUCGUGCACACUAAGAUGGUGGUGGCCUACGGAACUCACAUCAUGCAUGUUCUGCAUAUUCUUCUGGCAGGCAAGUGGGAUCCUAUUAACCUGCUUGAGGACCAUGAUCUCUGGAUUUCCUCCGAGUCAUUUAUCUCCGCGAUGAGCCAUGCUGUCGGUGCAGCCGAGGCCGCAGCAGGUAUCCUUGAAUAUGACCCAGAUCUCAGCCUUAUGCCUUUCUUUUUUGGUAUCUAUCUGUUGCAGGGUAGCUUCUUAUUGCUGCUGGCGGCAGACAAGCUGCAGGGAGAUGCAAGCCCCAGCGUGGUUCGCGCUUGCGAGACAAUUGUGCGUGCCCACGAAGCUUGCGUUGUGACACUGAACACCGAGUACCAGAGAAAAUUCCGCAAAAUCAUGCGUUCAGCUCUCGCGCAAGUUCGCGGGCGCAGGUUCGAGGACUUUGGCGAGCAGCAGCAGCGCAGGCGGGAGGUACUGUCUCUCUACCGCUGGACCGGGGAUGGCAGUGGUCUUGCGUUAUGA